UGAGGCUUGAACUUUGAAGGUUAAUGAUAUGGCAAAAGAAUUGGAUAUCCUGCUAUCAUCCAUAGAACAAGAAGGUGGAUUCUGGGAUGCCUGCACUGUCUUGCAGCAAACUUCAGUUAUGACAUUGGAGGAGGGUCUGCAGAAACUUUCAGCGAUAUCUUGGAUAUGCAAGAACAAAGUAGAAGAUCAACUGAUGAAGAUUCAGGAGCUUUGGAACAAGAAGUUACAGAGAAGUAGUGCCAUAAAUAUAAUGGACUGUCCACUUUGCUUAAUUAUUUCGAAGAUUGUAUUGUAGAAAAUUCUGCAAAAGCUUAAUUUAUAAU